AUUGUACGGUUGGUUGAUUGAUUGCCAGUUGCGUCGGCGAAGACCCACGGCGAAGGUCUAUCGCCGCUCAGCGAAAUUAUCGACUUGUUCACGGCAUUACAUCCGUUCGUACCAAAGAAAGUGAAAAGCCAUGACACGCGAUAUUAGUCGCCGGCGGAUAUAUUUGUCCACCGUGUACCUCCUGACCGUCGUAGUGGUGGUAUUUUCGUCGUCGUCGGUUUGCUCGGCCGCCGUUUACGACGGUGAUACGUUCGUCAACAUGACGAAAUCGUCGCUAAAGAUACUCGGGAUCUUCGGCCACUUCGGCAAAAGUCAUUUCGACGUGUUCAAGCCGCUCAUGGAGGAGCUGGCGCGCCGUGGCCACCGUGUUACGGUCGUCUCGCACUUUCCCAGGAGCGAGGACGCCAAGGCGAAGGAGCCGUUGCCGACUUACAAAGACAUCAGCAUAUACGACCCCGAUCACGGCGUCUAUCUGGAUGUGGUCGACAUUCAUAUGAUCAAGCACAAUAUCCUUCAGCCGGCAUAUGAACUCAUGUUUCUGAGUUUCAUGGCCGACAUGGCGUGCAAGACCGGCCUCCGGCAUCCGGCCGUCCGGGAAUUCCUUCGGUCCGACGAGGAGUUCGACCUGAUCAUCAUAGAGACCUUCAACACCGACUGCUUCUUAGGUUUCGUUCAUAAAUUCAAGGCGCCGUAUAUCACCAUAUCGACGCAUCAGAUCAUGCCGUGGGUCAACUCGGACAUGGGCAACGAGGACAAUCCCAGUUACAUACCGAUUACAUUAUUAGGGCUGAACAAACCCAUGAAUUUCCUCAGUAGACUGUACAACAUGCUGUCAUUGUCGAUCGCCAAGGUGGCCUACAACUGUUGGUUCCGAUUUCGCGAUCAGUCUGUCGCCAACGAAGCGUUCGGGCCGGAUCUCCCCAGCUUGAAAGAAAUUGCUAGGCAAACACAGGCCCUGCUGGUGAACACUCACAACAGUCUCCACGGUAGCGUACCUAAGUUGCCCAACAUUGUCGAGAUCGGCGGCAUCCACAUUCCUACUCAGGUGAAACCGUUACCCGAGGAUAUAGCUGAAUUCUUAGACAAUGCGCACCAGGGGGUGCUCUACUUCAAUCUGGGUUCGAUGAUUAAGAUGUCGACGAUACCGCGGGAGAAGCUGGAUGUGUUGCUCAAUGUACUCGGCUCGAUUCCGCGGAAAGUGCUUUUGAAGUGGGAGAACGAGGUCUUACCGCGUAAACUGGAUAACGUCAUGGUCAAGAAGUGGAUACCUCAAUUCGACGUGUUGAAUCACCCGAACGUUAAGUGCUACCUGGGUCACGGUGGGCUCCUUGGUCUCUCCGAGAGUAUCUAUGUGGGUGUGCCGAUGAUUCUGAUGCCGAUGUUCGGCGAUCAGUUCCACAACGUAGCCGCGGCGAAGAACAGAGGUAUCGCCGAGAUGGUCGCGUUCAACAACCUGGAUGAGCAUUCCUUAAGACUCGCCUUGGACAAGGUCUUCAACGACACCAGCUACAGCGAGAACGUCCAAAGGCUUUCGAAAGCUUACCGUGAUCGACCUGCUACACCGUUGGAGACUGCGGUAUGGUGGACGGAAUAUAUUGCCCGCGGCAACGGCGGUCCUUACCUGCACAGCUACGGCGCGGAUCUCGCUUGGUACCAGUAUCAUCAUAUCGACGUCGUGCUUGUUUUGAUUAUCGUCGUGGCAUUGUUCGUCUACAUCCUCUUCCGGUUGAUCAAGCUGCUGUCGUGUUUGCUUCACGCUGUCAAAGAGGUGUACAUCAGCGCGACCAAACCGACGAACAAGUGGAAGAAGGAGAAUUAAUGACACGGUGGGAACACGGUUUUUCGCCAUGAGGACAGGGACACGUUAAGAAAAACAAGUUAUUUCACAGAGGACACGAACCGGCUUUCGCAUGGAGGGAAUAGUGCGUCGACAGGUAGAAAUAGAUCAGUCGUUGCGAAAUUCUCUAGCGGACAGGAAAACUUUUCGCUGUUGCUCUGAUAUGAUAUGAUGAAAUUUCCUGUUUCGUGCAGAAUUUUACACACACACACACACACACACACACACACACACAUAUAUAUAUCUGCAUUGCAAAUGUUUAUUACAACUAAUCCCGCUUUGGUACAUUUGUUUAGAUCAAUAUUAUUCAGACGAUAAGAGGAAUUCUCAAAUUCGCCGGGAGAAAAGCAGAAUUUGUAGUCGUUAGUAAUGUUUGUAAUGUUUGUAAUAUACACAAUUAUAUGUAUACGUUCUUUUUUGCACACUUUUUUGCACGCUAUAGUUAUUUUUUGCAUACUUUCACUAAUAUCUAAACAAAAUUUAGAGGAAGGUUUAACGAGGAGAAAAGUAGCGGUGAGGAAAGCGAACAGAAAGGGAUUAUGAAGGAAGGAGCAACGAGACAGAAAGUUAGGUGAGGGAAGAGGAACAGCGGAAGAGCGAGAAUGAGGAGACAGAAGGUUGGAAGAGAAAGUGAAAAGGACAAUGCGAGACAGAGAGAGAGAGAGAGAGAGAGAGAGAGGGAUAUACUAGAAGACCGUGAAAAGAAAGGGAGGGCAAGAGGGGGUGGAUGGAAAUUCUGCGAGAAUAUGGUGGAGAAACGCACGAGAGCGAGGCAGCUUUGCGGGCAUUAAGGGGUAUUUCCCAGGUGGCCUUGUCUCCCAUUGCGUCAACCGGCUUUCGUUCCUGCAGCGGCAACGGCAAGCAAGAACCACGACUGGGGCUGUCGAGUUUACGGUGAUGGCGUCGUCGUUUGCAGCGGUGCCGCUUCUCUCUCUCUUUCGUAUCACCUGGUUGCAUGCCGUACCCGAGGCGCCAUUGGUUUCAACUCUCUUCUCAUCCGCAGACGCCUGCCUAGUAAAAGAGAGAGAGAGAGUCCACAUGUAUUCGUGGAAUCGACUGUUGCCGAAACAGGCUUGCGCAAGACCGUCGAACGAUAGUCAAAUCGUGAUGUGCGAUUAAAGUCCCGUGUCACACUACGCAUCGCGGAUUCAGAUUGUCAACUGCGCAUCGUUGACCAUCCAAUGGAUCUCCGGCUAUUUCAAUUUGAUCGACCGGUUAUGAUUUAGUAAUACGAGUCCAAUCCGCGUUUGCGAUGCGUAAUAUGAGACCGACUUUGAGAAUAGUUUCGCUUCCGAUCACGCUUCUCAUCUCUCGAAAAUCUCUCGAAAAUAGUCUCCCACGAUAGAAUCCUAAGUACAAGUAAAAAAUAGAAUUUAUCUGUUAGAUUAGUCAUCUGAAUCGUAUGAUUUAAACACUAUUUUGUUAGCGACCUCGAUUAAAACCACGU